GAGUCUAGUUCUGGAAUGCCUGUUCCUGGGCCAUCUCCCUUGUUCUCUUGGGAGGCCUCGUUUUCGAUGUGGGAAGAAUAUCCGGAUGUUUAUGGGGUUAGGCGGUCAAACCGAAGCAGACAAGAACCAUCACGAUUUAAUAUUAAGGAGGAGGCCAGUAGCGGGUCUGAGAGUGGGAGCCCAAAACGAAGAGGCCAGAGGCAGCUGAAAAAACAAGAAAAGUGGAAGCGGGCGCCCUCAGAAGAUGAACAGGAGCCAGGCAGCGAUGCAGAGAGUGAACCAGAGCAAAACACAGUGAGAGCCCGGAGGCCUUUCCCCAGAAGAACAGUGCCCAAACCUCGUGUUAAAAAGCAGCCGAAAGCUCAGCGUGGAAAGAAAAAAAAGCAAGAGUCGUCUGAUGACGAUGAUGAAGACGAUGAAGCUCCCAAAAGGCAGACUCGUCGCAGAGCGGCCAAAAAUGUGAGCUAUAAAGAAGAUGAUGACUUCGAGACCGACUCAGAUGACCUCAUUGAGAUGACUGGGGAAGGAGUGGAUGACCAGCAGGACAGUAGUGAAACCAUUGAAAAGGUCUUAGACUCACGGCUGGGCAAGAAAGGAGCCACUGGAGCGUCUACCACAGUGUAUGCGGUUGAAGCCAACGGAGACCCAAGCGGUGACUUUGACCCGGAGAGCGAUGAAGGCGAAGUCCAGUACCUCAUCAAGUGGAAGGGUUGGUCUUAUAUCCACAGCACGUGGGAGAGCGAAGAGUCCUUGCAGCAACAGAAAGUGAAAGGCCUGAAAAAACUCGAGAACUUCAAGAAGAAAGAGGAUGAAAUCAAGCAAUGGCUGGGGAAGGUUUCUCCCGAAGAUGUGGAAUACUUCAACUGCCAACAGGAGCUGGCCUCAGAGCUGAACAAACAGUAUCAGAUAGUAGAAAGAGUGAUAGCUAUGAAGACAAGCAAAUCUACACUGGGUCAAACCGAUUUUCCAGCUCACAGUCGGAAGCCGGCACCUUCGAAUGAACCCGAGUAUCUGUGCAAAUGGAUGGGCCUGCCCUACUCAGAGUGCAGCUGGGAAGACGAAGCCCUGAUCGGAAAGAAAUUCCAGGGCUGCAUCGACAGCUUCCACAGCCGGAACAACUCCAAAACCAUCCCGACGAGAGAGUGCAAGGCCCUGAAGCAGAGACCACGGUUUGUGGCCUUAAAGAAACAGCCGGCAUAUUUAGGAGGGGAGAACCUGGAGCUCCGCGACUACCAGCUCGAAGGGCUCAACUGGCUGGCUCAUUCCUGGUGCAAAAGCAACAGUGUAAUCCUUGCUGAUGAAAUGGGCCUGGGAAAGACCAUCCAGACCAUAUCAUUCCUCUCCUACCUGUUCCACCAACACCAGCUGUAUGGCCCUUUUCUUAUAGUCGUCCCUUUAUCCACCCUCACCUCAUGGCAGAGGGAGUUUGAAAUCUGGGCACCAGAGAUUAACGUAGUGGUUUACAUAGGUGACCUGAUGAGCAGAAAUACGAUACGGGAAUAUGAAUGGAUUCAUUCUCAGACCAAAAGGCUCAAAUUCAAUGCACUUAUAACAACAUACGAGAUCCUCUUAAAAGAUAAGACUGUGCUGGGCAGUAUUAACUGGGCCUUCCUGGGAGUGGAUGAAGCCCAUCGGUUGAAGAACGAUGACUCUUUAUUGUAUAAAACCCUGAUUGACUUCAAGUCCAACCAUAGGCUCCUGAUUACGGGGACCCCUCUUCAGAACUCCCUCAAAGAGCUCUGGUCCUUGCUGCACUUUAUUAUGCCGGAGAAGUUUGAGUUCUGGGAAGAUUUCGAGGAGGACCACGGGAAAGGGCGGGAGAACGGCUACCAGAGCCUCCACAAGGUGCUGGAGCCGUUCCUCCUGCGGAGGGUCAAGAAGGACGUGGAGAAGUCCCUGCCCGCCAAAGUGGAGCAGAUCCUCAGGGUGGAGAUGUCGGCCCUUCAGAAACAGUAUUACAAGUGGAUCCUGACCAGGAAUUACAAGGCUCUCGCCAAAGGCACAAGGGGCAGCACGUCCGGCUUCCUGAACAUUGUGAUGGAACUGAAGAAAUGCUGCAACCACUGCUACCUGAUUAAGCCCCCUGAGGAGAACGAGAGGGAGAACGGGCAGGAGAUCCUUCUGUCCCUGAUCAGGAGCAGCGGGAAGCUGAUCCUGUUGGAUAAGCUGUUGACCAGACUGAGAGAAAGGGGGAACCGCGUCCUCAUCUUCUCCCAGAUGGUGCGGAUGCUGGACAUCCUGGCGGAGUACCUGACCAUCAAGCACUACCCUUUCCAGCGUCUGGAUGGUUCCAUCAAGGGAGAGAUCCGGAAGCAGGCGCUGGACCACUUCAACGCCGAUGGUUCUGAGGACUUCUGUUUCCUGCUCUCCACAAGGGCUGGUGGCCUGGGAAUCAACUUGGCUUCCGCGGACACAGUGGUCAUCUUCGACUCCGACUGGAACCCCCAGAACGACUUGCAGGCACAGGCCCGAGCCCAUAGGAUUGGGCAGAAGAAGCAGGUAAAUAUUUACCGCUUGGUGACAAAGGGGACCGUGGAGGAAGAGAUCAUAGAACGGGCCAAAAAGAAGAUGGUAUUGGACCACCUGGUGAUCCAGCGCAUGGACACCACUGGCCGGACGGUCCUGGAAAACAACUCAGGGCGGUCCAAUUCAAAUCCUUUUAAUAAAGAAGAGCUGACAGCUAUUUUGAAAUUCGGAGCAGAGGAUCUUUUCAAAGAACUUGAAGGCGAGGAGUCAGAGCCCCAGGAAAUGGAUAUUGAUGAAAUUCUGCGCUUGGCUGAAACCAGAGAGAACGAAGUGUCAACAAGUGCGACUGAUGAGCUCCUGUCACAAUUUAAGGUUGCCAAUUUCGCCACCAUGGAAGACGAGGAAGAGCUGGAAGAGCGUCCCCACAGGGACUGGGACGAGAUCAUUCCCGAGGAUCAAAGGAAGCGCGUGGAGGAGGAGGAGCGGCAGAAGGAGCUGGAAGAAAUUUACAUGCUGCCUCGAAUUCGGAGUUCCACGAAAAAGGCGCAGACCAAUGACAGCGACUCCGACACCGAGUCCAAGAGGCAGGCCCAGAGGUCCUCUGCCUCGGAGAGCGAGACCGAUGACUCCGACGACGACAAGAAGCCGAAGCGCCGGGGGCGCCCCCGGAGCGUGCGGAAGGACCUCGUGGAGGGGUUCACGGACGCGGAGAUCCGCAGGUUCAUCAAGGCGUAUAAGAAGUUUGGUCUCCCUCUUGAACGGCUGGAGUGCAUAGCGCGCGACGCGGAGCUGGUGGAUAAGUCGGUGGCGGACCUGAAGCGCCUGGGCGAGCUGAUUCACAACAGCUGUGUGUCAGCCAUGCAGGAGUACGAGGAGCAGCUCAAAGAAAACGCCAGCGAGGGGAAAGGACCAGGAAAAAAGAGAGGCCCAACAAUCAAGAUCUCUGGGGUGCAGGUGAACGUGAAAUCCAUUAUCCAACAUGAAGAGGAGUUUGAGAUGCUGCAUAAAUCCAUCCCUGUGGACCCUGAAGAAAAAAAAAAGUACUGCUUAACCUGCCGUGUCAAAGCUGCGCAUUUCGAUGUGGAGUGGGGAGUGGAGGAUGACUCCCGCCUCCUGCUGGGGAUCUACGAGCACGGCUAUGGGAACUGGGAGCUAAUUAAAACGGAUCCGGAGCUGAAGCUAACGGACAAAAUCCUGCCCGUGGAGACCGAUAAGAAGCCCCAGGGGAAGCAGCUGCAGACCCGAGCCGACUACCUGCUGAAGUUGCUCAGGAAGAGCCUGGAGAAGAAGGGGGCCGUGGCGGGCGGGGAAGAGGCCAAGUUAAAGAAGCGGAAGCCUCGAGUCAAGAAGGAGAACAAAGCGCCCAGGCUGAAAGAUGAGCGGGGGCUCGACUUCUCGUCCCCCAGGCACUCCGACAACCCAUCCGAGGAGGGGGAAGUGAAGGAUGAUGGCUUAGAAAAAAGUCCCAUGAAAAAGAAACAGAAGAAGAAGGAGAACAAGGAGAACAAGGAGAAACAGAUGGGUUCCAGGAAAGACAAAGACGGGGACAAGGAAAGGAAGAAGUCGAAAGACAAGAAGGAGAAGCCUAAAAGUGGUGAUGCCAAAUCUUCGAAUAAAUCCAAGCGCUCUCAGGGCCCCGUGCACAUCACCGCAGGAAGUGAGCCUGUCCCCAUCGGCGAGGACGAGGACGAUGACCUGGACCAGGAGACGUUCAGCAUUUGUAAGGAGAGGAUGAGGCCGGUGAAGAAGGCACUGAAGCAGCUGGACAAACCCGACAAGGGGCUGAGCGUGCAGGAGCAGCUGGAGCACACCCGGAACUGCCUGCUGAAAAUCGGGGACCGCAUCGCCGAGUGCCUUAAAGCCUACUCCGACCAGGAGCACAUCAAGCUGUGGAGGAGGAACCUAUGGAUUUUCGUUUCCAAGUUUACAGAAUUUGAUGCUCGAAAGUUGCAUAAGUUGUACAAGAUGGCUCAUAAGAAAAGGUCUCAAGAAGAGGAGGAGCAAAAGAAGAAAGAUGAUGUGAUGGGUGGUAAGAAGCCAUUUCGACCAGAGGCCUCGGGCUCAAGCCGGGACUCUCUGCUGUCCCAGCCCCACACCCCGCACAGCCUUCACCCUCAGAAGUCUCACCUGCCCUCCCACGGCCCGCAGACGCACGGGCACCCGAGAGACAGCUACAACCACCCCAACAAGAGACACUUCAGUAACGCAGAUCGAGGAGACUGGCAGCGGGAAAGGAAGUUCAACUACGGCGGUGGCAACAGCAACCCGCCCUGGGGGAGUGAUCGGCACCAUCAGUACGAGCAGCACUGGUACAAGGACCACCACUACGGGGACCGGCGGCACAUGGACAGCCACCGUUCCGGCUACCGACCCAACAACCUGUCCCGAAAGAGGCCCUACGACCAGUACAGCGACCGGGACCACCGGGGACACAGAGACUAUUACGACAGGCACCACCACGACUCCAAGCGGAGGCGAUCGGAUGAGUUCAGGCCCCAGAACUACCACCAGCAGGAUUUCCGACGGAUGUCUGACCACCGCCCCCCGAUGGGCUACCACGGCCAGGGACCCUCAGACCACUACCGCUCUUUCCACACAGACAAAUUGGGGGACUACAAACAGCCCCUGCCCCCCCUGCACCCUGCCGUCUCCGAUCCUCGCUCGCCCCCUUCUCAGAAAUCUCCUCACGACUCCAAGUCCCCCCUGGAUCACAGGUCUCCUUUGGAGAGAUCCCUAGAACAGAAAAACAACCCAGAUUAUAACUGGAAUGUUCGGAAAACAUAGAGGACAGCCCAGGAGGAAGGGGAGAGCGAGAGGCCUCGCGCACCCGGGUGAUUGUGGUCUGAUCCAACGGGAGCCCGUUACCUAGACCAGUAAGUGGAGAUUCUGGACACGCUGCUGCCGCCAGCUCACCGGCUGAGGGGCGCCUGCCUCCGGGAGUGGGGGCUCGGUCUGGUCGCCCCCUCCUGCUCAAGGCACCCCAUCCGUUCCAGCCUGCUCUGGCCUCCCACUGAGGGGUGCUCGGAGGAAGAGUGACUUUUGUGUCCCAGCCUCGCGGCUGUUUCCCCCGGGAGGGAGGAAGGGAUCUCAGGCGCGAAUGUUUCAUUGUCAGGGUCCCUGCCCAGGCCUUGGGCGCGGGGUCCGGGAAGGAAGGUGUGCGUGAGGGCCGCCGGGCCUGCUGGACCGUGCGUGGU